AUGGCACUGGUGGAUUUUAGUUGUGUUGGCUUUCUGCUGCUGAUUGCAGUUGGCUUGUCUGUGGAGAUGUUGUUACAAUAUCAUCAAGGACAGGAUCCACAACAAAUCCAUCAGCAACAGCCACCAGUUUUUAGCUCUCAGCAAUCUGUUCAAGAUCCACAAGCAUCAGCUUAUUUUUGGUCCCCAAGAUCUGCAUUGAGUUCUGCUGGGGAAGAUCCUGGGAAGGUUCUUCAAGAGUCUGGGAAUACUCAGUCCAAGCAGCUAAUGCAGAGUCCUGUGGUACCUUUAACCUGGCAUUAUCCCAUCAUUGCAGAAGAAGCCCAACAGCCAGAUGUACCUUUUGAGCUGCGGCUACCUGCCCCUGCCCAGAGUGUUGCAGCACAAUGUGGAGAGAGCUUUGUGCAUGUGGAGGUUAAGAAGGACUUCUUUGGGACUGGCCAGCUGAUAAAUCCUUCAUUCCUCAGUUUAGGAGGCUGUGGAGCUGUAGGUGAAGAUCCAGAUGCUCAAGUGUUCAUCUUUGAAAAUGAACUCCAGGCAUGUGGCAGCUCUUUGAUCAUGUCGGACAGUGAGCUUGUUUACACCUUCACCCUCCUUUACACUCCUGAGGCUUUAGUUGGAACUCCCAUUAUAAGAGCUGAUGCUGCUGCUGUUGGAAUUGAGUGCCAUUAUUCAAGGCUGAAAAAUGUAAGCAGUAAUGUCUUGAUGCCCUCCUGGGUUCCUUUUGCUGGUACAAAAGUUGCACAGGAUGUUUUGGUCUUCUCCCUGAAGCUCAUGACUGAUGACUGGAUGAUUGAGCGGCCAUCCAAUCAGUAUUUUCUGGGGCAGUUCGUGAACAUGGAAGCCUCCGUGAAGCAGUACAACCAUGUUCCUUUGCGUGUCUUUGUGGAUGGCUGUGUGGCUACUGCUGUCCCUGAUGCAAACUCCAUUCCUAGAUAUUCCUUCAUUGAGAAUCAUGGGUGCCUGGUUGAUACAAGGCUUACAGGAUCUCCUUCCAGUUUUAUUCACCGGGUUCAGGGCGAGAAGUUGCAGUUUUAUUUGGAAGCUUUCAGAUUCCAGCAAGCCAGUAGUGGCUCUGUCUUCAUCACAUGCACUCUAAAAGCGGUCAAGUCUUCAAGCCUCAUAAGUCCAGAGAGCAAGGCUUGCUCCUUUGCCAAUAGAUGGACUUCUGCUGAUGACAAUGACCAGGUUUGCAUGUGCUGUGACUCCACAUGUAGCUACAGCAGGAAAGAGAUGGCACUAUCUGAUUCGGGUCUGGUUUCGUUGGGGAAGGCAACCAUUGGCCCCAUUGCAGUCUCUGACUGA